AUGGAACAUGGUACUAUUCUUCUUCUUCUCUAUGUGGAUGAUACAGUGGGUAUCUCUAGCCUCAAAUUGUUUCUUAGUUGCCAGUUUGAGAUGAAGGAUUUGGGUUUGUUUAGCUACUUCCUCGGCUUGGAAAUCUCUCAUGAUUCCUUUGGUUAUUUUCUCUCCUACGCCAAGAAUACCUCUAAUCUCUUGGCUUGUACUGGUCUCACCAAUUGCAAGAUUGAUUGCCUUUACUCCAUUACUCUUCCAGAUAUUGCUUAUGCUGUUCACAUUGUCAAUCAGUUCAUGGUUGUUCCUCGUUCACCACACUAUGAUGCUUUGUUACAUGCAUUUUCUGAUGCAGAUUGGGCAGGGGAUCCUACCGACCGCCGUUUUACUACAGGGUUCUGUGUCUUCUUGGGUGACUCUCUCAUUGUCUGGCGUAGCAAGAAACAAACUCCUAUUGCUCGUUCUAGUAUUGAGGCUGAGUAUCAUGCUCUUGCUGACACUACUCAGGAGCUUGUGUGA